CUCCUCAUCGACGCCGAUUCCCCGGCAGAUACUUACACAGCAAUGCAGUCCCAUCUGACGCGACGCGUUUUUCGAGCUCUCUUGAACAGCGAGCCUGUGUGCUUUGCGCCCCGUCGAAAUCGAGUCUAUCGAGUCUAUCCGCUCUCACCUAUACUACAUACGCAGCAAACAUGCAAUAGAGGCGUCCAAGCCCGGGGCUUUUUCUCUUUCCCAACCCCAGUGGCCCCAGAUGCUACCGAUGUCCCGGCCUCUGAAGUCGGACUUGCAGCAUUGAAUGAAUUGAGGAGAUCGAAGUUGGAAAAUCUACGAAGACCACCUUUCAAUUCCGUCUGCAAAGGAUUCCAGGAUUUUGUCGGGGCUCGACUGAAAGAUCCUGGAGUCCUGACGGAUUAUCAUGUCAAGUGUCUCCUUACCGCGUGGGAAUAUAUAAGGCACCACCAGCGACUCAGCAAUGGGAAAGAAUGGCAGAUAAUCAGCACCCAGGAGUUUUUGGAGUCGAUUCUAUAUGUGCUCUCGCACGCCGUUUGCCAUCCGGACUCUCACCACACUGUGCGCACGCUGGCCCACAACGUCUAUUACUGUUUAGCUACGUCCUUGGACUCGGAGGAAAGUCUCGAUGGGAUCAGUUGUGACGCCCUUUUAGCCUACAUACGCAUCCUGGCUCUGUAUGGGAACCCUGUGCAUGCCGAGCGGUUAACAAUGGAUUACUGGGGCAAACUGAAAUCCUCGCCAGGGUUUGAGUUGCAGGAAUCGCCUUGGGUGGGGGUGAUCAAGGGAUUUGCGUUGAAACAUGAUAGAACCCGGGUUGAAAACUUGAUCGCAACUCUGGCGAUGGAAUAUGACUUUGUUGUCACACCAUUGCUCCAUGAACGACUGGUUGAGGCUCUAGUGGCACAAGAUCGUGUGCACCCUGCCAAAUUGCUAUAUAGCAUCCCACUACCCAUGGAUGGGAAACCGACUAUUCCUUGUCAAAUCGCAGUAUCAAAAGCAUCGAUAAUGAAUGGGGAUAUUGCAUUCGCCGAGAAAAUCUUGCAACCGCAUUCAUCGUCUCCCAGCGCACAGACCCGGGACGUUCUUUUGUUGAUGGAAGCUGCCAAGGGAAGUAACGCAUCUGUAUUGACACAAAAACUUGAGCGUUGGUCUAAAAAAGACAGCUCUAUUCGAGAUGACCUUUCAGUGGCUUGUGUGAAUGAUCUCGUGAGAUACGCAAAUUCUAUCAGUAACUCGAAGCUAGCCGUGGAAUACUCUGGCUUGGUUUCCAAGUGGGACUUGGAGGCACUUCCAGAUACAGUGCUUCUAUUGAAACUGGAAUCUAUGAUCCAGUCUUCAGAUAUACAAGGCGCUUUGGAAUUAUUACGCAGCCUAGAAGUGGCUGGCGGGUACACAGACCUUAGUCUGUCGAUGAGAUAUCAACUCAUCAAGUUGCUGUGCCAGGCCCCAGAUGACGAUGCCGCCUACGAUCAGGUUUCGAACCUCUUGGACCCCCUCAUUGAAGACAACGUUCACUUGGAGGCAGAAACCCUAGCGGCCUUGACUUGGGUAUUGGCCAUUCGCCACAAGUGGGAAGGUCUUGCUGAAUUGCUGCGGCCCCGUCUGAGCUCUUAUUCACUAGCUGAUGAGCGGCCUCUUAUCCGGACGGCCCUGUUGAACUAUAUCCAUAAAGAGGACGAGCGGACCACCAACAUCUGGCAGUGCUAUCAACUACUGAGACAUGCAUUUCCAGACACAUCGACUGAAAACUGGGUUGCUAUCAUGAACCUCUUUUUUGAGCGCAAAGACGCCCAAAGGGGCUGCCACGUGUUUAUGCACAUGCGACACGCCAAUCGUCUCGACCUGCAUCCGACCGCGGAGACAUACACGGCGUGCUUCGUGGGUCUAUCUCGAGCCGGUAACCGGGAGGACAUAAAACUGAUCCGCAACAUGCUACGCCUAGACGUCAACAUCGAACUCAACACUCGCCUGCGCAACGCGCUGAUGCUCGCCUUGAUCUCGUGCGGAAGCCCCACGCAGGCCAUGGACGAGUUUAAGGACAUGUUGCGUUCUGAUGAAGGACCCUCGCAAAACACGCUGCCCAUAUUUUUCCGUGCAUGCGAGACUCUACCGGACGGUGUCGAUGCAGCCCAAAAGAUGGCGCGGAAGAUCAAGGCUCUUGAAAUCCCCGUAGAUCGUGCACUAUUUCUGGCUUAUGCCAGGGUCUUUGCUGUUCAGGCAAACCACAACCAGCUGAUUCAGGUCUUGGGGGAGAUGGAUUCCAAGUUUGGACUUGCCCCUGAUAGCAAUACACUUGCUCGACUCUACAACGCAUUCCCGCAUCAAAUAUUCGCAGAGGCAUUCGAAGAAUGGGCCAAGAUCAAGCUCCCCUCUGUCUGGGGUGAGCUUGAUAGCGUGCCCAGACAGAAGAAGGACGACAAGGAGGACGAGGGAAGGAUGUAUUUUGAGGGAUAUGACGAGACGCUCGAGCCGUAA